AAGAAGAGAAUACACGAAUGGAUCUUAAUGCAAUCAUAAAUCUUUCAAAUCAAAUUGAUAAAUUAGAAAAUAAUGAUAAAUCACAUGCAAGCUUAAUAGCGAAUAAGAUUCUUCCAAGUAGAUCUGUUGGUCAUCCACCAGGCCCUCUUUGGCAAGCUUUUGAUCCAAUUAAGACUAAUUAUAAAAAACCCAAAGCUCGUUGUAUAUUCUGUAACUUAAACAAACCUAUAUCUGGUACUGCGGCUGUGAUGAUUUUGCAUAUCAAAAAAUGUGAGAAGAUUCAUUCAGAAAUUCGAGCUUAUCUUAUGAAUACUUAUAGCUGUCAACAAAAGUUAGUUCCAAAUUUAAUUACUGAAUGUAAUCAGCAGCAAGAUAAUUCUCAUUCAUCAGAUGGAUCGAUUGCAUCUUUUAUAUCAGUCUCAAAUUAUGAUUCUAUUUCAGUUUUAUCAGAUAAUAAUACAAGUGAAAACAAUGAUUUUUUAAAAACUGCAAGUCAGAUAUUUACACAAUUACCAAUAGAUGCAAGAAAAGAUCGAAAAUCAGAACUUGUUAAAAUUAGAGACACAUUAGGAGAAAAUCAAAAAUCGGCUGUUAUAUUUAGAGAUCUAGAAGAAGUUUUAUCAACUAUAAGCUCUGCUAUUAAAAUUAUUGGAUUUUUUCAAAAAAACACUUUAGCUAUUCAAAAUAUUCAUACUCGAUUUGGUGAAAAAACAUUUAGAUUUACUCUUCCAACCUUUACAUGGUGGAAUUUUUUUUUUACUUCAUUACAACAAUUACAAAAUAAAGAACAACAUUUGAAGGAUAUGGCAUAUGAAAUGGAAUCAU